AUGCUGAUCGCGGAGCGCGGGCACAUUGCGUUAUCUGCGCCUGCACGACAAAUGUCCUCUUCUUCAGCUCGGGGUCAGUCCAUCCAGCAGCCCACCCUCGCAGCAUGUCUCCCCCGUCUGAACGGUAUUCCCCCAUCGCCCAAGACGAUCCCCAUGGCUCCUCCGAGAAACUCCUCACCCAGCAUGCAGGCGUGGAAGUGGUCGACAACGACGUCUGCCCGUGCAGCCGCCAUCGCACUUCAGCCUGGCGUCGCUCCUGGCUCUGGCUGCUCGUCGCCUUCCUACUCUUUCUCAACAUUGCCGGUCUCGUCACCUUCCUCCUUCGCCCCAGAUGCACCAAUGGAGAUGACCUCCUCAACGCCCACUGUACAUCCUCCUGUUCGUUCAUAUAUCCUCGCUGACCCGCCUCUCCAGCUCCCGUAUAUCCCGCCAUUGAAUACAACGUCGCCCACUUCAAUGGCACCAUCGGAUUCCGCUCCCCGUACGUAG